UCGGGGUUGGAUGAUACCAGCCAUUUGUUAUCCUGAAACUGUCCUUGGCUGGGUGUUUGUUUUCGUAAUGUUGCGAGCUCAUAUAUAUCGGUGUGGGGAUUGAAGACUGGUGUUAUUUAUGCCCAGUGUCUUCGCUUGGUUCUGUGACUGUACCACAACUUCACAAAAGAGAAACGAACGAACCGUUUGUUUUUUUUUUAACUAUGGUUACUCUUAGGGUGAUUCUGGCUCCUUUAGCCAUGCACCUGAGGAGAAGCGUAACAGCUCAUCGAUGGACGCCCGUGAGGAAGUGUAGUUUGGCUGGAUGUUCCUACAAACUCAGGCAUCAACUGCACCCUAUGUGGCAGUCCCCACUCUCAAUUCCUGGUGGAAGGCGUCAGUCUCCCAUCAACAUCACCCUGCGGGAUAGCCUGCAUGACCCCCACCUCAAGCCACUGAAGAUCCGCUAUGACCCCAACACCUGCACACAGAUCUGGAACAAUGGUUACUCCUUCCUGGUGGAGUUUGAUGACUCCACAGACAAAUCAACUUUGAGUGGCGGUCCUCUGCUGAACCAGUACAGGCUGUGCCAGUUCCAUUUCCACUGGGGCGAGAGCAAUGCUGUGGGCUCCGAACACACUAUUGACGGCACACUCUUCCCUGCUGAGCUCCAUUUAGUACACUGGAAUUCAAGCAAAUACAAAAGCUUUGAAGAAGCUGUAAUGGAGGGUGAUGGGCUAGCAGUGGUAGCAGUGUUUUUAAAGAUUGGAAAAAGACAUGAAGGACUGCAGAAGCUGGUGGAUGCCCUGCCUGCUGUGAGACACAAGGAUAGCGUUGUCGAGUUUACCAGCUUUAACCCCAGCUGUUUGCUGCCCACUUGUCUGGAUUACUGGACUUACUCCGGCUCGCUGACCACCCCGCCUUUGACAGAGUCUGUCGCCUGGAUCAUCAAGAAGAGGCCAGUAGAAGUCGGCCAUGAUCAGUUGGCUGUAUUCCGCAGCCUGCUCUUCACAUCUGCUGACGAGGAAGAGCAGAAGAGCAUGGUGAACAACUUCCGCUUGCAACAGCCGCUCAUGAACCGCACUGUACGCUCCUCCUUCUCCCCCUUCCUGGGCAGCAUGGAGCCCCAGCCCCAAACCAAGCAGUGACCACAGAGUCUCUUUAGGUCUGCUCCGGCUGGGCCGAGGAAUUCUGUUCUGUUCUUUCUUUUUAACCCUUUAAGGACCGAUAACACAGGAGAGUUAAGGUGGUGGAAGCUUGAUAUGUCACUGUAUUUUUUUUCAAAGAGAAACGGUAGUUGGUUCAGAUUUUGUGAAUUAAAUAUUCGCUGACGUAUGCAAUCAAGAUGAAAUGGUUUUUCUGCCUUUUUUUUUUUUUUGUGGGAUAUCAAGUUUUGUUUUUUUCCCCACACACAAAUAGAAUAUUAUGUAAGAACAUAGCUGGCACUUUGCAUAUUGGUAAAUUUAGGUUUUUAAAUCGGUUUAGUUCAUGUAGAUUUUGGUGGAGUGGAGUUUCCUUUUUUUGCCUAAGUCUAAAGAUGUAUCUUAUCAGCUAGUAUACUAUCCAAUGUUUUCUGCAGUUAGGGUGUUGUAAUCAUUUCUCCUGGACACUGAUCAAAGCUUUACAGAUAUAUUAUUGUAUAUACACUGUGGUUAAAUAAUACAGUAACUGAAGUUGGUGAGUUCUAUUUAUGUAGUCACCAAGAACGUAUGGAGUAAGUGAUUACAUACAUAUUAAGUUGGCAACUCCUAACACUUAACCUGAUUUGUAUUCUGGGUAAAGCAAUACAGCAGAAAUAUUCAGUUAACUUCUUGGUUACGGCUGAGAAAUUAUAAUGAGUAGAUGUAGUUGAUUUUUUUUUUUCUUUUUUUUUCUGUAACCUGCAAGUAUUAAUUCAGUUUUGAAGCAUUCCUUACUGUUACAAUCCGCUGGUCGUACAGGGCACUUUUUAAAUGUAAGAAACAUAGAUGCACCAAUACUGAGCUCUUACAGCACAGACUUAGUUCUUUGCUUCUUAAUAGUGCAACAUUGGGUUAAUAAAAAUCUUCAACAUGGAGCCUUUUUUAAUGAAGUUAAACCUAAACAAAGUCACAAAGACAAACAUUUUCAGUAUCUUCAAUGGUUAACUGAAAUGUUUGUCUGAUUGACAUAGUUUUAACUUUUUUUUUUUUUUUUUAGAUCAAUUUAAAUUAGGCCAUCAAUAACUUUAACCUUAAUACCUUCACCAUUUGCCUUACAAAUUAGGCAAAUAUCCAUUGGGAGACUUUUAAACAGCUCCGAUAUUUAGAUCAAUAUAAUAGUCCAUGUAACAUUGUCAAGAUAGCAAAAAUGAGAAAUUAUGAGCACUGUCUUUUGGUGUAUCCAGAAAGGUGUAGUUAAAUAUUUGUACUGUCUAUUUGUAAGGUGUUUUGUGCCACAAAAUGUGUCACAAAAAUGCUGUCAAGCCUCUGGGUUAUUAUGGGUCAUUCCAGAACCACGAAUUAAAACUGCCUUAUGAACUUCACAUGUGCCGAGAGAUCAAGUAACUGAGUUUUAAUGCUGGAUCCCUGCUUUUUGAUGACAAAGGGAAGCACUUGCAUCACAAUCCCCAGCAUCAGAGAUGUAAGGUUUUAAAACAACAGCAUAGCUCAAACCUGUUAGAUAUACUGUAAACUUGCUUACUUUAAAGUAGGUCAAGAAGAGAUUUUCUGUUACAUAAUGCCCAAGUAGUUUUUAAUUGAAUGAACAUUUAAUGCAUUCAUUCAUGAUUUAAGUAUUUUUAAUCUGUGGCAAGGAAAUGUCAUUUUUUCUAGGAUAUUUUUAUCUAUCAAAAAAAAGUAACUGGCUAAAUUUUCAAAUAAGGAGGAUUGUACAAAGUAUAAAAUCCACAAACUUACCCCUCAAAUUGCCAACUUAGUGUUCCAGGAAUUCUAGAGCUGAUAAUUCUCUUGCCAGGAGGCCUUAUGUUCGUUUAAUUUUUACUGACUAUAGCUUUCAGUCCACACUGCAUUUUGUUUUUUGUUUUUGUUUUUCUAAUUGACCCCAUAAAAAACAUGCCUUUUAUGGGGUCAUUUAAUUUAAGGUAAGCAUGGGAUAUUUUAAUGUGUUGCCAUAUUCCUUCUGACAACUUUUGAGAGGUGUCUAGGCAAAUGGAGACUGAGUUUGUCCGUAGCAGCAGCAUUGAAGAGACUUGUUUUGAAGUACAAUGGAUACCCGUUGGCUCCAGCUUUAAUUAAUAACAACUUUCUAUUACAAUACAGCAUUUCUUCUGACAGUGGCAGAAUAUUCAAGUUUUCAGAAGACGUCUGUCUUUAUUUUAAUAAUGCUCACAAGAAGGGAAUGUGGACUGUAGACUGUUCUGGGGGAAUAUUGCCAUCCUGCUAGAUACAUUGCACCUAUUAUUCUUUCUUAUGAUGGCAGUUGCAAGCAGGUUAACUAAUGUAAAUGGUCAUCGCUCUGAUAAACUGCAAGCCCGAGAUCAAAUUAUUAGAAGUCUACCAUAUCUUGGGUAAAUUAAUAGUUGGCUAGUCCAAGACUAGUGUUAAUCGGGGUCUCUGAAACUAGCCAUAUGAGUUUGCAAAGUAUUUUAGAUUCUAGUCUCCGCAGGAUUAAUUUUAGAUAGAUUGCCAUUUUGAUUGAAAGUAAUCCAAUUAAAUACAAAGGCACAUUGUUAAAUCGGUUUUAAUGAGAUAUGGCCAAGGUCCAUGGGGAGCAUUUGGGCACACAUGCUCUUUUAAAUGAUUUCCAUAAUGCCAAACCUUGAUAAAGUAACAAUACAGGAAUUGCACAUUAAAGGAGAGGAGAUAAUACAGCUACACGUGGAACCUACAAUUAUAGGCUUAUGUACUUGGAUUGUCGAGCACUCUCUCAUGUGCUUAAAGUGUAAAGCUUUAAACAUGUUCUCUGAGCUUUAGGGUUUGUCUGUGUAAUUGUACAUUUUAGGAAUGUACCUCAAUCAUAGACCUGUAAAUAAAUAUACUGUAAUUUUAGACAUUUUAACAUAUAUAUUUUUUGUUUUUUCUUCUAAAAAAUCAUAACUGUUUUAAGCACAUUUUGGUUUGCUAUUUUGGGAUGUGGUAGGUGUUCAAUUUUAUCUAGAGGGUAAUUUUACAACCCGUGCUGGGGAUUAGAGCUACUAUAAAGUGAAAGUCUUUAUUGUUGCAUUGGAAUACUUUUUAUAGUGCAAUUCAAUCAUAGUAAGCUGUCUAUUUGUAGAGCGCUUUCAGGCUCUCAUACAGAAAGUUUUACUAUUUUUGUUUGUGUUUUCUUUAUUAUUUUUUUUGUAAUGUUUUGCUGUUGAUGGUUUAAUAUACAAAAGUUACUAGCCUUUUCAUUUCUGUGGGACUACAUCAUAUUGUUUGGGGGGAAAUACAAUUUUUCAUUGCACAGAUCAUUGCAGCAUGUCCACAUUAUUAGUCAAAAUGCAACCCUUUUACAGGCACCUAUUUCACAAAGCUGCCUUACUGUUUCUGAUUAGAUUUGUAACCUUUUAUUUCUGUCACAAAAAACCGCUUGCAGGAGUAGAAAGGCUUCAACAACAGGGACCACUGGACUGCGUUUACAAUUUUUUAAAACUUUUUUCAAAAGGGGAAAAUUUCACACUAAGGGCCAUUAAAUAUAUGUUUCCCCCCAAAGCUUGGUAACUCCUGUUGAGGAAAUGUGACAAUGGUAGAACUAUUUAAAGCUGGAACUAAAUAAGCUAAGCAUAUUUUUGUUUUUAGAUUUACAUUCACUAAACACAAUGGAACAUUAAAGGCUGUUCAUACUUUUUAGAUAAAACCCACUGAUAAAAGUUUUGAAAACCAGGCCUGAUGUGCUUUUAAUGAGAUCAGGUUUAAAAUUAUUUUGGAAAACCACACUAAAUGCCUUGAAGCGGUCAUAUCCCUUUUUCAGUGACUAAAGAUAACUUUUUAAAGGCAGAAAACUAUAUUCAUCUGAUCUGAACAGUUUUGGUUUAAAAAACUGUUUCUGUUGUUUAUUAUUAUUUAUUACUUAGCUGACACCCUUAUCCAGGGCGACUUACAAUUGUUACAAGAUAUCACAUGAUUUUUACAUACAAUUACCCAUUAAUACAGUUAUUUUUUUUAUAUACUGGAGCAACCUAGGUAAAGUACCUUGCUCAAGGGUACAGCAGCAGUGUUCCCACCAGAGAUUGAACCCAUGACCCUCUGGUCAAGAGUCCAGAGCCCUAACCACUAUUCCACCCGACUGCCCAUAGCAGUUGGUUUGUUCUUAAUGCAUAAUACUACUGUUACUGCAUCAAGAUCAUAUGUGAUGGAGAUGUCUAGGUUUCAGGCAGUCCUGAAAGGGAUAUGUUUGUUUUUGUAAAGCAUGGUACCAACUCAUUUUAUGUAAUUGUAUGAUAACCAUGUGUAAAAAUGUAAACCAGAUGGGCUGAAAAUGCAACUUUAGAAACUUCUCACUUGCUUUGUUAUCUGUUGUCUUUGACUUUUUUACUUAAGUAUUUUCAAGUUUGAAUUAUUUUUUGUAUUCACUUUAAAUGUUACUUGGGUUUGGGAGAUGGGUUAGCACAUUUACCAGCUUGUAAAGGGCUUUAUAAAUCAUUGUAGCUCGGCAUUCCCUGACUUUCAAACAUGUAAACAAGAGGAUGAUAAACAUGGUUCUGGUAAUCCCAGCAUCUGGUGCUGGUGGAUCCUCGAAGGAGUUUUCCCAAUAAAAAGGCUAAAGGUACAUUUAAUAUGAUUUGAAAUCUGCAAUAGGUAAUAUUCCUGAAACAUGCUUGGAUCUCCCAAAAAAUGUUCAAACCACAAUGACAUUUGUCGCUGGAUACUUUUAUUGAAGUUUUAUAUUUUUUCUUUGGGGGGAGGGGGAGCAUGUAUAAAUAAACAUGGGCUAGAUUUAA